GUGUUCCCAAGCCGGUAAGAGUGAGGACUGAGAAUGUACGUGUUGCCUUUUUUCUCCAGGGUUGACAUUUCUUUGCCUCCAUGGUGCAAAACGACAAAAAGUUAAAAAAAAAUAAAAAAAAAUAUUAUAUACAAACUUUUUUUUCUACUAUAAACUUGCAGAACUACACCUGAUCAAAUAGCAAUCAAUCACAAAAAUGUGUACGUUAGAGAAGCGAGGAAACAUCUACAUUUUAACGCUAAUCGGCACCAACGAGCAUAGGCUAAAUCCGAACCUCCUCAACUCUCUCGAAUCAGCUCUCCGGAGACUCAAAUCUGAACCAGCCUCCCCUUCCUCCGUUCUGAUCACCACCGCACACGGGAAAUUCUUUUCCAACGGCUAUGAUCUCGCGUGGACUCAAUCUUCUAAAUCACGCCGCCAGUUGUUAUCAUCCAAAUUCCGAUCUCUAAUUUCCAGUCUAAUCGCGCUUCCAAUGCCUACAAUCGCGGCCGUAACAGGACACGCAUCAGCCGCAGGUUUUAUAUUAGCUAUAAGUCAUGAUUUUGUGCUAAUGAGAAAAGAUAGAGGUUUCCUUUACAUGAGUGAAGUCGACAUAGGUCUCGUGAUUCCAGAGUGGUUUAAUGCGAUCUUGAAGUGUAAAAUUGGGGAUUAUAAUGUUAGAAGAGAUGUGGUUUUGAUAGCUGAGAAAUUGACGGCGAAAGUGGCGCUGGAGAAAAGGAUUAUUCACUCGGCGCACGACAGUGCGGAGUCAACGGUUGAUGCGGCGGUUGUUUUGGCGGAGGAGUUGAUUAAGAGGAAACGGAAUGGACACGUGUAUGGCAAUAACAGGCUGGUCGUUUUAAGUGAGGUUCUGGAUAAGAUUGGGUUUGAUGAAUCUGUUGAAGGGCAAAAUUGGGAUAACGGUAAGUCAAAGCUAUAAUAAUGAUGAAAAUAAUAAUACUAAAUAAUCAUCAUCGUUAUCUUCUCUAAGUUUGAAUAUUAUGUGUUACCAAUCAAACUUAUCAGAAUUAGUAUCUAUUCAAUGUUUUAAGAUUCCUUUUUUCUUUGUCUUUUUGUAUCAAUAAAAGGGGAGACAUACAAUGCAUGCAUUGCAGAGUGAA